CACGAAGUGUCGCCCAUUCAAAACGUUUUCUUACAGUUUUCGUUCCUAGAUUUGUUAGAGAAUCUGAAUAUUUUCGUUAUUUAGCUUUCAACUAUGCUUCUCAAAGAGUAUCGCAUAUGCAUGCCCUUAACAGUUGCCGAAUAUCGGAUAGCUCAGUUGUAUAUGAUUCAGAAAAAGUCUCGUGAAGAAAGUACAGGUCGUGGAAGUGGUGUAGAAAUAUUGAAAAACGAACCUUAUGAAAAUGGUCCUGGAGGAAAAGGGCAAUACACAUUUAAAAUUUAUCAUGUUGGUAGCCAUUUACCAACUUGGCUUCGUAAUAUACUACCAUCAUCGGCUCUACGUGUUGAAGAAGAGGCAUGGAACGCGUAUCCAUACACCAGAACAAUUUAUAAAGUUCCCUUUGUUGAAAAGUUGGUACUCGAUGUGGAAACAUAUUUUUUUGACGAUGCUGGGGAACAAGAUGAUGUUUUCAACCUUUCACCAGAUGAAAGAAGGGCACGUAUCAUUGAUUUUAUUGACAUCGUAAAAGAUCCAAUUACUGGAAGUGAUUAUAGACCAGAAGAAGAUCCUAGUAUUUAUGUAUCAGAAGCAACUGGUCGUGGUCCAUUGUCACCUAAUUGGCGUGAGGAAUUUAUUCAUGCUCAACAAGUGACUCAUGAAACUUAUGAAAAACCACCAACUCGAACUCAUGAUAAUUCACCAGCUAUUGUUGAAAAUCUGAGGCCACUGCAUAAACGUAUUAUGUGUGCAUAUAAACUUUGUCGAGUAGAGUUUCGUUAUUGGGGUACACAAACACGAGUGGAACAGUUUAUCCACGACACUGCACUUCGAAAAACUAUGCUAAGAGCACAUCGACAAGUAUGGGCGUGGCAAAAUGAAUGGUAUGGUCUUACAAUAGAGGAAAUUCGUCGUUUAGAAGAGGAAACAGCUCAAGCAUUAGCGUCCAAAAUGGCUGAUUCCAACCAACCGCCAAAUAAUGACGGCGAGUUAUCUAAGCAAGUUCAAUCAACAACAUCAAACAUCAAUGAAACUAUGAAUGCUAUUGAAAUGAAAUGUAAUCAGUCUGAUGAAAAAUGUGAAUCCGAAUCAAGCACAGCGACAUCAGAAAAAUUCCAUCUUCCAGUUAAUUCAACUGAUAUUUCAGAACAAAAUUUAUGGGCUGAUUUUAAGAAAUUAGAGGCGAAUAAUUUUGAACUUGAUGAUUUUGAACCUUUUACAGCACCGUGUGCAGAAUCCGAUGAUGAUGCUAGGUCAUUUGUUACAUGUUGUAGCGAUCUUACUGGGAAUACUGAUUAUGCUACCCCUCUUGCGUCAAAUUUUCAGAGUUUUGAUAUUCCAGGAAUAAAAUCUUGCUUUAACCAAAAACCUGUCUCUAGUAUUCAACAAAAUUGUGGUAAACUAGUCCUUAUAUUAGUGAUUCAUGGUGGUUGUAUACUUGAUUCAACUUACGAUUUAACUACAAAACGUUCCGAUAUUUUAACUUUUCGAAAAACAAUCGAAACAGUAACAGCUAAUCACUAUCCAACAUUACAUAAUCGAAUAGCUGUAAAACUUGUACCAUGCCCUACAGAAAUCGGCGAUAUAUUCCGAUUAUUCUCCAAAUUGAAAGCUUCACCAGAUCCUACUAGGCCAAUUGAAACUCAAUUGCUACGUGAUUUAAUGCCUUUGGGGAGUAUUCCUUUAUUUUUAAUUAAUUCAUCUGGAUAUUCGCGAAUGUUGGAACAAUUAUCAUUUAAUUUGAACUCUCAUUAUGCUGAGUUUUUACGUUCUCCUGAAGGAAUUCACUUUUCUGGCAAAGUUUGUAUAGUUGCUGACAGUGUUGGUUCAAUUUUGGCUCAUGAUCUUUUAACAAAACCUACUAAUCAUGAGUCAGCAUCGAAUAAUAAUGAUACAAGUAUGACAGAUAUUGGAUUAAUGCGUCGUAAACAAUUUGGUAUUCAUAGUUUAAUACAGUCGGAUAAACAAAUCAAAACCCCAACUUUAAUAAACAGCCCCAGUGAAGUCACUUUAUGCCCACCUGAAUCAAAUACUAGUCUAGGAAACGUUGAAUUGUCAAACCUUGAAAAUGAAGAAUCUAAAUCACAUAGUCGAAUGUCUUCUUUAGACUUUCAAGUACAAAAUUUUUUCAUGUUGGGUUCACCAAUUGGUUUAAUUUUGGCUUAUCGUUAUCAACAAAAUCAAUUAACAUCGUCUAUUGUAUCAUCUAGUAAAACAAAUCAGCUAAUUACUAAUUCAUCUUAUAAUAUGGUUUAUCAUUUAUCAAAAGAAAUUAAGUUGUCCGUAGGUCAAGCUUAUAAUCUUUUCCAUUUAACUGAUCCAUGUGGUUUUCGCAUUGAACCAUUGUUGGAUAAUCGUUUCAGCUGUAUAUCCCCAAUAUUCAUUCCCCAAUAUGUUCGUUAUCCACUUGGAGAUGGACAGUCAACAAAUCUAAUUGAAACUCUUAUACAGCAGGCUGAAUUAUUUUCUGAAAAUGUUUCAGAAAAAUCAUACAAUUUAUCCGAUAGUGAUAAUUCUACGAUUAAUGAAAAUAAUGAUAGUAAUGUAAAUGUAAAACGAGAAUUAACAAAUCAACAGUUAAAUUGGGAAAAAAAGUCUAUUGUUGCACUUGAAGCAUUGAAAAAAGUUCAACAGUCAUGGUGGGGACCUAAAAGAGUUGAUUACAAUGUUCAUUGUCCAGAAGCAAUGCAAAAUAUUUUAGCUCGUGCACGUCCUUCAAUUUUGCAUGCAAGCUACUGGGAAUCAAAAGAUGUAGCAUCUUUUAUUAUACGACAGAUUCUAGAUACACUGGGAUUAAGUGUUCUAGAAACAUCAUACUCGGCAGAUUUGUCUGAUGAAAUAGCUGUCACGGAACUGGCUAAAUUAUCAUUGAAUCCAAAUCAGAUAAAAUCACAAACCUAUGAGGUUAUGGAUGACUCCAGUAUACAAAUUUCACAGCAAUCAGAAAAAAGUAGUAGUGGUCAAUCGAGAUUCUCCAACCUUAGUCAUACUUUGUCAUUUGGACCUCGUAAUUUCUUGAAACGAACAUCAUCUGAACGAUUAAAGUCUGCUUGUAUUCCAUAUCAUGUGGAAACGACUAUGACUCUGCCACGUCGUACUUCAGCUCGUCGUACUAUUCGACCUCAAUCAACCCCACAGCCAAUCAAAACAAUAGGGAUUGGAGAUCCGAUUGACUAAUUGUUAUACAGUAUAAAUAUAUAUCACUUGAAGCCUUCAUAUCUCUUCCAAUUUAGAUUUCCAUGCUUCUGCUACUGUUGUUGUUAACUAGGUUUAUUCUUAUACUGUACAGUUGCUUUCUUCCUAAGCAGAUUGGAUUUCGAUGCUGUUUAUCUAGAUUGGCUUAUUACUAUCCGGGAAAAAACAUGUAUUUCCUUUGUGUGUGUGUGUGCAUGCAAAUUUACGCAUUUCGUUUUCUUCCCUUUUGUCUAUUUUGUCCAAUAAAAUCCUGCCUGAUAUCACAUAAAUGUCAAUUAAAAGAAAUCUCCAGUCAUUUUUUUCUAAUCUAUUUCACUUUUCCAUUCAGACAUUACAGACACAUUAACAAGCACAUGAUCAAAAUUACUACAAAGUUUUUAUCAGUAAAUUUUCUAACUCCUAUUUUCUUUUUAUUGGGCCUCAGAAGGACAAUUGUUUUUUUUCCAUUUUAAUUGUGUAAUGUGUAUAAAAAGAGAUAAUCUCUCGAAGACUUAAAAUGCUGUUCAUUCAGAGUGUAAAAAUAACGAUAUAUAUAUUUAUAUGUAUAGUUUUUAAACAACAUUAACAGUCGAUUAUGUAAUUCGAUUUAAGUUCUCUUAAUGAAAUAUCCGUGAAAGUGGAUUCGCUAACGCUAACAAACAGGUAUUAUAAAUAUAUUUGGUUGGCUAGGUUAGUUUUCCAGUUCACUUGAAUUCUUCGUCGUAUUCAUUUUAAACAUGUCUUCAUACAUUUAUUACAACCAUUAAUAUUUAGGUUUCCUAACGCUAUUAUCUAACUAAAAUUAUUUUUGGUAUCAUGUUUAUUUGUGUUAUAACACAUUAGUGUAUGUUUGAUGAAUAUGGACAUGUAUUGUUAUGUGUGUAUAUCACCAUUUAAUAUGUUUAUGUAUAUAAAAGAAUAAAGUAAUCACACAUAUUUCAUAUAUAUAUGGUUAUUUUUUAAAGUGGUGAUAACAGUUGGAUUUCUCCUUGGUAACAACAUAACUCUGUUCCAGUUGUGAAUGUCAAUAUUAUGCUCUUCAUUGUCUAUCAGCUGAUUGAUAAUUUCCUUUGAUUCUCCGAAAUAUAAUAUAUAUAUUAGGCAAUAAUAUUUUUUAAAGCCUUUCUCUUUGCUUGUAUUUUUAAAUGUGUACAUGUUAUUAUGUUACUCAAUUUUCGUUUUACUACUGUAAGUAAGCGUUAACUAUUGUUAUUGAAUUUUUAAAGCGACAAGUGUGUAAAACUCCAACAGGAUGUGUUGACAAACUAUUUCAAGUUAGUGACAUUGAAGCAUUUGUCAAAAAACUACAACCUUCACAAGUUGGUAUUCAUCUGAUAUUUUGAGUAUAUUUUUUCUUCGAAGUUGACAUUUUUUGUAUAAGUGAAUAAACAAGACAAUUUUAAAUGUAAACUACUGCGUAAUUGUACCAUAGAAUGAUCUAAGAUUUCAAAUAUCAAAAGGAAGUUGCGUAAUGAUCAAAUAGUUAGCGAAGGAUAAGAGAAUGAUAAUAGAGGACAAUGUUCUCCAUAAAAUCGUUUACUUAACUAUAAAUUCUUAUAGUUGUUCGAUAAAUAUAUGACAUAUAUAU